GAUUAACGUUGAACAGGUGAGGCACGGCGAGUUGAAUCGCUCGCUUGACCUGGAUUGACACAACACGCAGGUGAAUCGCAACGGAAGCCAUUUUUAGCCGAGGAACAAGCAAGCGUGCGGAGUGAUAGUAUGCAUUCGCGGUGAAGCGUUUAUUGGGAGAUGGUGUAGCUUUUUUUCCUAUACGUUUUUACUUAGAUUUGACAGUCAGUGUAAUCGGACAGGCAUGUUUCCACAAGGAGUCAAUAUAGCGCUAGGACUUAGCUAUAUGCUAUGUACACUACUACAGAUUGUAGGGUUUGGGACCCCCGCUUGGGUAGUUAGUGAUUACAAUGGGGAGAUUUUCGAUUCAUGUGGACUGUUAUUCUGUGUGUCAUGUCGAAAUGGCAGUGGAUGCGAGACAAAAACAUACCUGCAAACUUACCAAGAAUACAAUACCGCGGACGGAGAAUUGGUGUUCGCUGACCAGGUCCGGGAAAUUUUGAUUGCCUCGCUAUCUGUGGCCACUGCUAUCAUCGCCUCCAUUCUACUGCUGGUCAACCUCUGUGUCAAACACCAGCGGCCAGUUCUCUCCCUUGUGGCCGUCCUUCUCACCUUUAUUUCAGCCUCCCUGAUCUGGACGAUCAUUUCCUCGACCCUGAUCCCCAUUCUGAAGGAAGAUACUAAGACUUACCGGUUCCCCUACGCUUUGUUCCUCUCCGCCCUUGGAUCGUUCGGUGCCGUGUUUCUUGCCAUCAUUUAUCUAGUUAGAGUGAUCAAAGUCAUGAGCGCCCUCUCACCUUCCUACCAGCCACUGAAAUGAACACCUCAGACCCGUCCUUUUCGCUAAGAUAAGAAUGCAGCGAAAAUUAUCUGCCGAAGUUCAUGGAAUCAGAUAGCCUAUAUAAAGGGUUGAUGGGGAUUGAAAGGCAAAGAAACACAACGCACGGAUUUUUUUUUCUUUUCAUUGCUAUAUAAAUCCAUUUGUUAACGCUUUUAUAAAUGUUUUAUCCCCGUUAUAGCGUUUAAUGUUAUAUAACUAUGUUCUAAAAAUCAUAUUAACUUGUACAUAUAUUGUUUUUGUUUUAUUAUAUUUUUACAAAAACAUGUAUAUAAAAAUUAUUGCAAUCAUAUUUAUAUAAAACUGCCUGUGUGUGUAUCAGCUGACAUUAGCUUUCAUCGUUUUAUAUUGUUGUUUGGCGAGUUUAAAGGCGAUUAGCAUAAUGUAUGUAUGCUUUGAAAUAGAUCUUGUAUAAAUCAACAGCUUUUUGUGACCGUGCCUAGCAAGAUAUUGCAUAGGUGUUGUUUGUUCUGUGUAGAUGUUAAAUAACAUAUACAGGGUGAUCUGAUGUACAAAACGGCAAACGUAAAGAGGUGAAUAUUCUGCCGCCCCCCCCCCCCUUUUUAUGUGUAAUAUACCUGUGAUAUAUUAUCCCGUUUUCUUAAAAUACGAAUGUCAUUUGUUCUUCUGUUUCUUCAAAAGACUUGUUGAUAAUUUUUCCGACGUUUAUUACUGCGAAAUAAAUCUAUUUUGUCAUCACUGUGUC